UCACGUGACCCGUGUACGGAGGAAAACAUUCCUGUAGCCGGAGCGGCUGUGACAGGAGCAGCCAGUCUGUCAGCCAGUCAGCCAUAGGACAUCGGCCGGGAGCCCCCACCUCCGAGCAGGAUAUGAACUAUCAUUCAGUCAUCCUGUGUAUGAAAAAGAACACAAUACUAAGUGAUGUCAGGAUUGGUGUUUUUGGAUACAUAUCUGUAUUUACUGACUGCUAGAAGAAGUUUCUGGAAGAUCCGGUGUGCAAGGCCUUUGUAUUCCACUAAUCAGAUUGGAAUUUAUUCAAGGAUCCAAGUUUUUCGCUUCUUUGCUUCAUUUCAGCAAAGUAAAACUCUGUGUAGCAAAGUUGGACAAAGAACACUAAACCGUAAAUAUCUACGCUCUACUUCUUCAACGGCAAUAACGGCUAUAAGAAAGUCUAUGUCCCGAAUUAAGAACACCUUUGACUCCGUGUCUAAGGCUGUAUCCAGCACACAUAAUGAAUUAAGAGCACGUAUUGUACGUCCAAAGCCAAGUCCGUCCAGUGUUGUAAAGGAAGAAACUUCACAGAUAAACAAGAGUAAUGCACCACAGCCAGAUCCCAUUGCUAAUGAAGUUAAAAACAACAGCAAAAAUCAGAUUACUAAUUCAGAACGAGUUGGCACAGCAGAUUCCCUCCCUUCAGUCGAACAGGAGAUUUCUCCGCAUACCACCAAGGGAAGCGCUGAUCCAAAGACUUGGUUAUUCCAUGCAAACUCUUUUGCUAGUAACUUUGGGGAAACUUACAAUUUCUUAGCUAAUCAUAUAAACUAUUAUUAUUUUGGUGAGACAAGUAUGGAGAAGAAUAAGAUGAUACAACAUGGAAAUACAGCCGCGAGCAAAGAGGUGUGCAGUGACGUUACUUCAGAGGCAGCUGUGGAAGAGAACACUCCAGUUUCUACAAAGAAAAGCAUCUCCAACUUUCUGUCCAAUCAGUCCAGUAACGUCCAUGCUUUGGUGGGAAGCUACCUCGGUGGCUUGGUUCCAAAGCGGAGAUCCGAACCAAAGGCCAUGUUGGAAGAAAAUGGAAAAGAACAAAAUGGUGAGCUGGCUGAGGGCAAAGUUGAACAAGAAACUCCUAAAGAUAGUAAAGGAGCAGACGAAAGAGCUAAGAGGCUGUCACUUCAGAGAGAAAAGAUUAUUGCUCGACUGAGUGUUGAUAACAGAACCAGAGCUUUAGUACAGGCCUUGCACAGAGCCACUGAUCGCAGGCUAUGUAUCAGCAGGCUGGAAGAGCUGAGUUGCCACCUUCUUGAGUUCCCAGAUACCCGAGGAGUUGCUGUUAAGGAACGAGUGAUUCCUUGCUUGCUACGACUUCGACAAGCUCACGAUGAGACUCUUCAGGCAGUUGUGAGAGAAGCUCUUGCCUUGGUUGGUUAUAAUGACCCUGUGAAGGGAAGAGGGAUUCGAGUUCUCACAAUUGACGGUGGAGGAACUAGAGGAAUUGUAGCACUACAGACUCUUCGUAAACUAGAGGAAAUGACAGGAAAGCCAGUUCACAAUCUUUUCGAUUACAUUUGUGGCGUCAGUACAGGUGCUAUUCUGGCAUUUAUGUUGGGAUUAUUCCGCAUUCCUCUUGAUGAGUGUGAAGAAUUGUAUCGGCAAUUGGGAAAGGACGUCUUUAAACAGAAUGUUAUAGUUGGAACUGUUAAAAUGGGAUGGAACCAUGCCUUUUAUGACAGUGAGAUUUGGGAAAAAAUGCUCAAGGAAAGAAUGGGCUCAGAUCUUCUAAUUGAAUCUGCAAGAGAUCCGCGGUGUCCAAAAGUUUCUGCAGUUAGCACUGUUGUUAACAGAGGACUACCUUUAAAAGCGUUCGUGUUUAGAAACUACAACCAUAUUCCAGGUGUUAAAUCCCAUUACAUGGGAGGAUGUCAAUACAAUCUAUGGCAAGCAAUUCGAGCUUCCUCAGCUGCCCCUGGAUAUUUUCAAGAAUACGUUCUGGGAAAUGACUUGCACCAGGAUGGAGGAUUACUUAUUAAUAACCCAUGCGCACUGGCAAUUCAUGAAUGCAAGUGUCUCUGGCCAAAUGUGCCGUUUCAGUGCGUUGUCUCACUUGGCACCGGACGUUUUGAAAGUGCAGGAAAAAGUACAGCCACGCAUACCAGCCUGAAAGCCAAACUGACCAAUGUCAUCAGCAGUGCUACGGACACAGAAGAAGUACAUAAUAUGCUUGAUGCCCUGCUACCGCCAGACACCUAUUUUCGUUUUAACCCCGUCAUGAAUGAAGACGUACCUCUCGAUGAAAACCGCAAAGAAAGGCUUGCUCAGCUUCAGAUGGAUGGAAAUAACUAUUUAGAGAGAAAUGAGGAAAAGCUGAAGAAAGCUGCCAAAAUUCUGUCCCAAGAGAAAACAAGCAUGCAGCAAUUUAGUGAUUGGUUUAAAUUAAAGAGAGACAUGUAUGACGGCCUUCCUCUUUUUUCAAAAUUGUAAUGCUAAUAUUUUCAUAUAUUAAGAGGCCUCCAUAACUUAUGAUAGAUGCCCAUUUAAUCUUUUGACAUUUUUCUUUAACAUACCAGUAUGUGUUGGGUUUACAACCUCUUUGGUAGCCAGCGUUAAAGGGAGCAUUACAUUUGAGGACACUGUCAUUUUUCUGAUUCAGAAUAGGCUGGAAACAAAGGCAGAUACUUUCUUCUGGAACAGAAAGACCAGUCUGUGUGAGCAUUUUAUUUGACAAAAGGCUUGUAUAUAUUGUGAAUAUUUAUCAUUUUAUUCUAUAUUUACUGCCCAACUGAACUAAUUUGAAGCCGCCUCAUACAUGAUUAUUUAUUUAAAACUUGCUAUUGAUUGAAAUCUUGAUGCAUCGUCGAGCACUUAUCAAGCACAGAAUAUUCUCGUAAAUUCCGUCCUCUCUGCUUGUACAAAUGUCCAAACAAUCUGAAUUGUUAACCCAUUCAUUUUUUUUUACUUUUUUGAGUGCUGGAGGCAUAUGUAAUAUGGAUUUCUCUUUUCUGGACCUCAGCGGGCUACAAUGAUCCCACCGACACUUUGUAUAAUUCUCUAUGCUGAAAAUUCACUAUUAAUAUUUUAUAU